AUGGAAAGCCUUAGGAAGGAGCAACUGAAUCCGACCUCUUCUGUCAACUUCCUCGAAGCACUUCCCGAUGUCCUUUUCUAUGCGGUGAUUGAGAAACUUCCUGCACGCGUCAUCGAAAACACUGUUCGACUACUCUCAAGGGAUUGCUAUAGAAGGGUCGAGCUGCGCAGAGCAAGACUUCCUCGCGUUUGUUUCAAUUGGCUUGAUGUUUAUAGGAACGAGUUUUCCUAUCGCUUUGGAACAAUCAUCUCAUAUGAAGAAACAAUCGAUCCAACUAAUUUGAUGCACCAUUUGGAGUAUUUGGCAAAGCGUGUGACUUUCAAGAGACUCGUUUUGUGGGACGUCGAUUGGGAAGUGUUUGCAAAUUGCAAGGAAUUAUUCCGAUGCGAGGAAUUAUAUUGUGAUAUCGAAGAGACGACUCUUUCGCCGGAAAGAUUCAUGGAUGUAUUUUGCCGUACAAGGCCUACGCACCAGCUAACUAUUUUUGUGAAUGGAGACAAACAAAAUGUUCCUGUUACGAGCGAUUUUUUCACCAAUAAGCAUGCGGUUGGAUUGCAAAAUGUUUGCUUUCGUAAUGGAAGAGGCAAGGCCAUGGUUGAUCCAUUAAAUGACACGAUCUUGUCGAAUUUUCGUCUUUUGAGUUUUAACGGUGUAUUUCAAAGGCCUGGAUGCACUCUUAAUGGGGUUUUAAGGAUGAUGCAAAACUGGUACACUUCAGAGCGUCAAAUUGAUGAAAUUAACCUUCGAGCAGUUGGUGGGAAAGCAGAACUCCAAAAUUUCUUGCGCAACUUACUUGGAUUGUCAGGUGUGAAACUGAUUGCGAAUGCUUACAACUAUCAUGAGAUUCGUUUGAAAAGAGCAAAUGGCGACGUCGUUCAGCUUGACGUUAAUGCUAAUGUAGACGAUUAUGCACCAGGCAGUAUUGGAAUCUACAUGGUUCGGCUAGUGCCCGGCCCGGAAGCUGGCUCAUAUUGGAGGUUUUUUUGG